AUGAUGAGAAUGGUCCGAGAUUUGAAUAAUAAUAAUAAGAGUAGUCAUAGCGGUGGUAGUGAUGAAACGAGUAACAAUUCGUCGGGUGUUGGAGGAGCCUCCUCCUUCUUAACAAGAGGUCAUUUCUCUGAUCUUCCUAAAAUGGUUCUUGGUUUGGGUGUUGGCUCAAGUCACGCAAGUGGUGACAAGAGUCAACUAAGUCGAUCACCUUCGAAAGGAGAAUCAACAAGCUCAUCACCAUCAGAACCUAUCACACCACGACGAUUCGCUAGAAAACAACUUUCUUUCUUUGGUAUUGGAAGAAGAGAAUCAAAAACUGAGGAAUCACUAAAAUCAGAAAUGUCAGCAACGUCACAAACAACACAGCCACAAUCGGAUGAAAAUACCUCUCAAGAAACAAAAUCAACAACUAGUAAUAGAUUUAGUUUCAGAUUGGGAGGUUCUAAAAAAAAGGAAGAUAAUAUGCAAAAAUCCGAUUCAAAACUCAAUUUAUUGGGAAGAAGAGAUUCAUCUGCUUCCAUGGAGACCGAUGCUCUAGAGAAAUCGCCCUCUGUUGCUUCUACAAAAUCCCCAUCCAUGACACCAAGUGAUAAAUCGACCCAUGAAAAACCAUCCGAAGAAUCUACACAAGACAAACAAACACCUCAAAAACCAUUUUUACAUGAAAUUGAAGGUGUCACAGAAGUUACCGAAGAAGUGAAAACAAUUGCUGAAGAUACUUUGGUCACAACCAACACUGAAACCACCAAUGUCAAUCUAUCUCUACCUCCAGAAAGUUCAAAAUCUCCACAUACCUCUCCAACAUCGCCAGCUGAUACUGAUGAUGAUAGUCCAAACCUCUCUAUUGACACUUCCAAUAUCAACAGUAAUCAAAAUGAAACGACGAACACAACAACACAACCUACUCCAAGACCUUCUGGUAUGCCAAAACUCAACCUCACUCUCAUUCCUGCUGGAGCUAGUACUGAAGAAGGAGCUCCACCAUCAUCAGAUGUACCUGUUUCUUCAGAGGAGCCUAACAAUGGUCUUAUUAGACUCAUGUCCGUCUUGAAGAAGGAAAAAAUUAAACGUACUGCAACAGAGGAUAAAUGUGACACGCUUACUGCUGACCAUGAAGAUGAAAAAUCUGAUACUUCCAGCACCAUGUCAAGAUCAUCCAGUGAAAGACUAACUAGAACUGUGCAACAUGGAUUUUUACACUUACCUAUCAAUACACCUAGAUCAAAAUAUGAAAAUGUAAUGAAACUGUACAAGAAGCAAAUUUUAUUGGCCAUUCAGCUCAUGAAAGACUUUGUUGAGGAAGAUUCUAAAAAAGAAAUUAACAUUUCUUCCAAAGACAAGAAAACAUUUACAAAUUUAUUUGUAGAAUCACAUCAAUAUCAAAACUUUGAUGAAUGGCUUUUACCUCAACCUCCACACUUGUUGUUCCGUACCAUGAAGAAUUCUGUCAUGUACGAAUUGGAAAAUGACAAUUUCCCAAGAUUUGUCAGAAGCGAUUUGUGGCUGAAAAAACUGCAGCAUAAAGGAUUGGCCUAUUUGAACAAAGUAGGUCGUGUGAAAGAAGCAGCCUACUUCCCAUACACCUAUGAUGACUUUAGAGAACCCAUGGUGUUUGAUAGAGAUAUUGAAUUUAUGGAAUAUCUUGCUAGAGAUGACUAUCAAUGGAAGUUAUUGGGAUCUAAGAAAGAAGGAGCAAUCAAUGUGUAUAAAAUUACAGAAAAAGUGCUCAUGCCCAAUGUCAGCUUUUACAACAAGAUGCAAAUCAAUAAGUGGUCUGGCGUUUUGAAUUAUCCAUUUGAUGUUGUCAAACAAUGCUGCAUGCCAGGUCUUUAUGUAUAUAAAUACGAUCCAAACAUUUCCAGCUGUGAAGAAUGGGGCUUUUGGGAUUACGAAACCUUAAAACAAAAAUAUCCAAGUGAAAAGUGGAAAUAUGGAAAGAGAUCUGUGGGUAUUGUUCGAUAUGGAAUGGUCUUUCCAUUUCCUUUCAAAUCCAAGAGAAGUUUCCUUGCUGCAUGUUCCGCAUGGUAUGACAAGGAAGAAGAAAAACUCACUCUCAUUUACAAACCAUGUGAACAUGAACGAUUUUACAAAGAUGGAAAGGGUGUGAAUGAAGGUAAAAAGUUGAUCGAUAUUAGAGACUUUCAAUAUUAUCAAAUCAAAAAGAUUGACGCAUAUAGAACCAGUUUAUUGCAAAUUCACUUGUUGGAUGUUGGAGGAAAUGCAAGAUUUGCUGCAAACAUGCUAAGAAUGGAUCGUGCGAAGGGAAUGAUGAAAGGUUUCAAUGAAUAUAUUCGAAAACAUAUGAACAACAUUCCAAAAAUUUCAGACGAUGAUCCUGUGUGGAAACAUGUGGUCACAUGUAUGGGUCGUGAACGUGCUGACCAAAAGAAGAAAGGAAAAGAAAAAGAUGGAAAAACUCAAAAAGCAACACAAACUCAACAAAAUCAAUUAUUGGAUUCGCAAACUCCAACGUCACCCAUGUCGAGUACCAUGUCCUCCUCCUCGGAUGAUAGCAAGUCAACCCUCGCGAGACUUAAUAGCUCUGCUAGCUUUGGUGGCCAAACAUACAUGACACCUGAAAUGGCUCUCAUGGAAGAAGAAGAAGCAAUGAUGACUGUAUUCGAUGCAGAUCUUGAGAACUUUACCAUGACAGGUACCACCACAGAUAACAGCGAGGAUGACUAUGAAGACUAUGACUAUGAAGAUGGAGACUUGAACGAAAAUAAUUGA